GCAGGAGGCCCCCCUGCGCGGCUCGCCGCGGGCAUGGGGUUCUUCGCCUGCCUGCGGGGCGGCGGCCGCGAGGACCGCGAGCCCGACGCCGGCGACGUGCGGACGCCGACGAUGCCCUGCAGGAGGACCCCCCCCGCGGGCCGCAGGAGGGCCGACCGGGGCGCGGCGAGCGGGCCGGGCAGGCCUCACCGGCCGGGCGGCGGAGGUCUGGGAGAUGCAGGGGGUGGCGCGUGCUUCCCCGUGCGGGUCCCCGACGGCUGCGUGCCGGGGCAGAGCAUCCGGGUGGAGGCCCCCAGCGGCGGGCUGGUGGACGUGGUGCUGCCGCCGAGGUGCCAGCCAGGCCAGGAGCUGCUCGUGCGGCCCUCCGGCGCUCCAACGGAGCCAGACCCAAGGCGAGAGCGCCUGAGCGAGUUCGUGGAGAUGGUGCGGCUGACGCUGAGCGCCACGAAGUCCUCGACACGUUCUCUUCGGGAGAGGCUCAGCGAGGAGGUGGAGAUGCAGAAGGUGCUGUGGAAGUCGGCCGCGAAGCCCACGCUGCGCGGGGCCGCGGCCGACAAGCUGCUGCACAUCCAGGCACUGGUCCUCCUGGCCGCAGAGAUGGGCGAGGUGCAGCAGCUCGUCGCGGCCCUGGAGGAGGCAAAGCAGGUCUGCGGCGUGUCCCCCUCGCUGGAGCACGCGGCCCGCGAGCUGUGCUCCUCGGAGGAGGCCGCCCUCACCUGGCGCUGCCUGCUGGACUCACUCGUGGCCAGCGACGUGGAGGGCUCCCAGGUGUGGCUCGAGCAGGCGAAGGCCUUCGGCCUGUCCGUGCCCGACGACCUGGUCUCGACCCUGGAGGACCUGGCCUGCGCGGGCGCUGAGGGACAGUGCGCAGGCGGCCCCGUGACCGUCACCGCAAGGCCGAGCGGCCGGCGGAGGCCACGCGACGGACCCGGGCAGUCGAGCGAAGGCGGCCAGGCGCCGCCGGCGGAGGGCGGCCAAUCCGCCGAGGUGGAGAGACGGCUGAGGUUUGCAGUCGAGGCUGGCGAGCACGCGCUGCUGGCCGAGGCCGUGGCGGAGGCCGAAGCUGCUGGGCUCGGACACACCGAGGCGGCGCAGCAGGCCGCCAGCCUGCUCCGCGAGGGCGGCGGCGGCGCGCCCGCCGGGCCGCGCGGAGCGGGCCCCGACGCCGGGGCCCCCGGCGCCGCGGGCGCAGGCGCGGAGGACCUCGGCGGCCGCUCGGCCAGGGAGCUGCUGGAGGCCGCGCUCGUCGUCGGCCGCCCAGGGGCGGGCGGAGGCUGCGAGCAGCACCUCCGCCUGGAGCUCCUGGAGGCGCUGGAGGAGUGCCGCCGCCGCUGCCUCGACACCGCGGGCUGCACGACCCGGGAGGACCUCAUCGGCCUGCUGCGGGGCGGCCGCGCGGGCGCGGACCCGCGAGCAACGCCCCGCUCGGCCGGCGCAGCGCUCGGGGGGCCCGGCGCCGCGGCGGGCGGGCGCCUGGCGCAGGAGCACAGGCCCCCAGCUCACUCUCGCGCGGGGGACUUCGGGGGACUGGUUCCUCCACGCGAACUCCACCGUGUGGGAGCGCCGUGUGCCGCCGUCCCACUGCGUCAACCGGCGGGCAAGGGCCCUGUGGCUGCUCGGCCUGCGGAUGACCUUCAACCCCGCCGCCCCCGGCGCGGCGGCCGAGCUGCGGGCCGCCUACCGGAAGGCGGCCAUGGAGACGCAUCCGGACAAGAUGCAGAAUCACGGGCGACAGGAGGAGGCGAAGGAGGAGUUCCAGAGGGUCAAGGAUUAGAGGCCUUCGACCUCGUCAACUCGACGCUGCGGUGA